CUUCCGCUGACGUCACCCUCGCACCUCUACUACCUGUCGGUGGUGGGCGGGUCAUUUUCACUCUUUCGGGAUUGUCCCGCUUCACAGAAGACUUUACCAAACAGAAGCCGAAAUACAGUUAGGAUAAGGACCAUGAUCACUGCAGCCGAGUAUGGAGAGACAUCUUGGGAAUUACAAGUCCAUGUGGAUCAGAAAUAUGGAGAUGAAUCAAUGAGAUUUAAACUUCGAGUCAAAGGAGACUUGCACAUUGGAGGCCUCAUGCUGAAGCUGGUGGAGAAGAUCAAGGCCCCUCAGGACUGGUCCGAUCAUGCCCUGUGGUGGGAGCAGAGGAAAUGCUGGCUACUAAAGACACACUGGACCUUGGACAAAUGUGGAAUUCAGGCCGAUGCAGAGCUGCGCUACACCCCCCAACACAAAAACCUGCUGCUUCAGCUUCCCAACAUGAAAACCAUUCAGAUGAAAGUCAGCUUCUCCUGCGUUGUCUUCAAAGCGGUGGCAGAAAUCUGUCAAAGUCUCAAUAUCCGACGGUCUGAGGAGCUCUCCUUGCUAAAGCCUCCAGAUGAUCCAAAGAAAAAGAAGAAAAAAGACAAGAACUCUGACAAGGACGACAUCUGGGACAUUGAUUUACUCAGUGGUGGACCAGGAUCAGGCCCAAUGUUCAGCAAGACAAUGACAGCGACCUAUGACCCAGAGAAUGGGAUGCCAGUGUCCGCCACCAGUUUGUGGUUUGGGGAAAACCCGCUUGCAGAAUCUCAGCCCAGCCUUCCCCCGGCCGAGCUAGCCAAGAUCUACCAGCCACUUUCUCUGGUGGACAAAGCCAUUAUUCAUGCUGGGUGGUUGAACUCCUCUCGGUCGCUGAUGGAGCAAGACAUUCAAGAGGACGACAAGCUGCUACUAAGGUUCAAGUACAAUGUCUUCUUUGACCUCAAUCCUAAAUAUGAUGCUGUGAGGAUUACGCAGCUGUAUGAGCAAGCGCGCUGGUCCAUCCUGCUGGAGGAGAUUGACUGCACUGAAGAGGAAAUGCUGAUGUUCGCUUCACUGCAGUAUCACAUUUGUAAACUGACCUUGUCCAACGAGCCACUGGAUCACUCCAAUGAACCCGAAAUAGAUGAAGUAGAGGCAGCCCUGUCAAACCUGGAGGUGACACUUGAAGGCGGAAACACCGACAGGAUUCUGGAAGACAUUACAGACAUACCAGAGCUGGCGGAUACCCUACGGCUCUUUAGGCCCAAAAGACUGACCCUGAGGCCGUACAAAGAGUACUGGUUCGUGUUCAAGGACACCACCAUCUCCUACUACAAGAACAAAGAGGCGUCCAGUGGGGAGCCCAUCGAGCAAUUUCACCUCAGAGGAUGUGAGGUUGUGCCCGAUGUCAAUGUCACCGACAAAAAGUUUGGCAUCAAGCUGCUGCUCCCGGUUGCUGAUGGGAUGAAUGAAGUGUACAUCCGAUGUGACAACGAGACACAAUAUGCAAAGUGGAAAGCGGCGUGUAUUCUGGCAUCCAAAGGCAAGACAAUGGCAUACAGCUCCUACAAGUCAGAAGUGAAGAACAUCCAGUCCUUUUUACAAAUGAAGAGUCUGGCGCCCCCUCCUGGUCAAACAGCCCCUGACCUUGAGACGAUGGACAUGAAUGCUGAGUGCUUUGUCUCCCCGCGCUAUGCCAAAAAGCACAAAGCGAAACAGCUGACAGCACGAAUCCUUGAGGCCCAUCAGAACAUAGCAGGACUGUCCUUGAUGGACGCCAAGAUGCGCUUCAUUCAGGCUUGGCAGUCACUUCCAGAGUUUGGUAUCAACUACUACAUUGUCAGGUUUAAGGGGAGCAAGAAGGACGAAAUCCUCGGGAUCUCUUAUAACCGGCUGAUCCGGCUGGACAUGUCCUCUGGACUGCCAGUGACCACAUGGAGGUUUGCCAACAUGAAGCAGUGGAACGUCAACUGGGAGAUCAGACAGGUGACCGUGGAUUUCGAUCAAAACGUGACAAUAGCCUUCUGCUGCGUGAGCUGUGACUGUAAGGUCGUCCACGAGUUCAUUGGGGGAUACAUCUUCCUCUCCACAAGAUCCAAAGACCAGAACGAGACACUAGAUGAAGAACUGUUCCAUAAACUCACCGGUGGUCAAGAAUAACUGGUAGUAUUCUGUCUGUUGUCAUAAUGUGAUCGUGUAGCCACAAAACCAUCCAUUGAACUCAGAAAUGGAAAUGGACAGAUAUUGAAAAUGUACAAUAAUGUACUCAUUUCCCAUGUUAAAUUCACUGUAAACUGUAAGCAUUAUCUGCCAAAUCCUCUGUGUUGUGAAUAUGUACCAGGAUAUAUAUUUCGCUAAUACUAUGUCUAAUUCCACUGUCUUCAUUGAAUGAAAUAAAGUUUUUCUAUGUUUACCAAUCUUUAAAUAUCCAUUUGUCCACUUAAAAAUGAAGCUAAAUGCCUUUGCUUUUAAAAUAUACUGUAAAUUGUACAUAUAAAAAUGUUU